CAGGCUGCCGUCUUUCCCCCUCAGACAGACGAGCCAGACCUGCUCAUCUUUACGCAGAAACAUAACAAAGCAUAAUGUCGGAUUUCGAGGAAUUUGAGAAACAGCUGAGUGAAAAUCGACAAGAGAGAGAAAGAGAAAGGACACACAAAAAGAGGAGUCGCAGCGGAUCAGCGGGCGGCCGAGGCGACAAACACCGCAGCUGGAGCAAAGACCGAGGGAGCCGCAGCCGCGAGAAGAGAAGCCGCAGCAGAGACAGGAAGAGCCGGGACCGCAGGAGUUCCUCUCGGGACCACAAGAAGCACAGGUGAGUGGGAGGAAGUGACCCAGUCUGGUGAGGCAGACAUCACAGCUUUAAUGUCCAUUCUCCGAGGCGAACGAGGAAGAAAAGAACCUGCAAAUACUGGGAUGUGCCUCCGCCUGGCUUUGAACACAUCACACCAAUGCAAUAUAAAGCUAUGCAAGCGGCCGGGCAGAUACCAACAAUAGCUCUGCUGGCAACGUCCACCACCACUGGAGUGGCUGCUGCGCCGACACAAGUGCCCGUUGUUGGCAGCCAGAUGACGAGACAAGCCAGACGCCUCUACGUUGGAAAUAUUCCCUUUGGAGUAACUGAGGAGUCCAUGGCAGAGUUCUUCAACGCCCAGAUGCGUCUCGCAGGCCUCUCACAAGCCCCGAGCAACCCUGUACUCGCCGUGCAGAUCAAUCAGGAUAAAAACUUUGCUUUCCUAGAGUUUCGGUCCGUGGAUGAGACGACGCAGGCCAUGGCCUUCGAUGGAAUCAUUUUCCAGGGUCAGUCUUUGAAGAUCAGAAGACCUCACGACUAUCGGCCGUUACCGGGUAUCUCAGAGCAGCCUGCUUUCCACGUCCCAGGUGUCGUCUCCACAGUCGUUCCCGAUUCCCCUCAUAAACUGUUCAUAGGAGGCCUGCCUAACUACCUGAACGAUGACCAGGUUAAGGAGCUCUUGACUUCAUUCGGGCCGCUCAAAGCUUUCAAUCUGGUGAAGGACAGUGCCACGUCACUGUCCAAAGGUUACGCCUUUUGCGAAUAUGUAGACAUCAGCGCCACCGAUCAGGCGGUAGCGGGGCUCAAUGGCAUGCAGCUAGGAGACAAGAAGCUCAUCGUCCAGAGGGCCAGUGUGGGAGCUAAAAACACCAACCCUACCUCCAUCAUAGAGACCCCGGUAAUGCUGCAGGUGCCGGGCCUCCAGAGGCUGCAGAACUCGGGCAUGCCCACAGAGGUGCUGUGCCUUCUCAACAUGGUGAUGCCCGAGGAGCUGGUGGACGACGAGGACUACGAGGAGAUCCUGGAGGACAUCCGAGAGGAGUGCUGCAAGUACGGCAGCGUCCGCUCCAUCGAGAUCCCCCGGCCCGUCGACGGAGUGGAGGUCCCCGGCUGCGGAAAGAUCUUUGUGGAGUACGUUUCUGCUGCAGACUGUCAGAAAGCCAUGCAAGCCCUCACCGGCCGCAAGUUCGCCAACAGAGUGGUCGUCACCAAAUACUACGAUCCCGACAUGUAUCACAGACACGAGUUUUAAAAGCACAGAGACGACGAGUGUGACGGGACGUUUCCUUUUCUUCCUUUCUGUUUGUAAGCUUGGGUUUUUCUUUUACUCCUUCUGAAUGUUGUGAACGUGUCUUUAGAGACUAGACCAGGAAAAAAAAGACUUUGUUUUAUUACACACUCCACUUCUUCUACUUAACAAACUGGACUGCAAUGUGUUUCUAUUUCUG